AUGGUCUUCAAGCGACUGGUCCGUUUCGCCAUAGGAGACCGUAUCUCCUUUGGCGAUCUUCUCAGCGUCAAUGGCGACACAUACAAAGUCAGACGAUUGACUGGUGACCCUUUCACUAUGUUGAUGACCACUGAGGAUAUUGUACAAGUCGAUGAGCUACUCUGUCCCAUUGAUCAUACUCCGUUCAUCAUCUUCGUUAAGCCGGCCCAUGCGCUAGCUGGUCCUUUUGAUACCAUUGAAAUUCACCCCGACGCUCGUGAAAUGCUCGACUACGAAGGCGAGUUGACCGUCGUUGUGGGCCGAGAUGCGAAGAAUAUUUCCGAAAAUGAGGCAUUGGACUAUGUCCUGGGUUAUACGGCCGGAAAUGACCUGUCUGCGCGGAAUUUCCAGCUCCCCGAGGCCUCUGGGAUGCAAUUUGGCUAUUCCAAAUCAUUUGAUCAAUUUGGACCUAUUGGACAUACCAUUGUUGCGGCCAGUGAGAUUCCCGAUCCUCAGGAUCUCCGUCUGGUUACCAGGGUCAACGGGCAGGUCAAGCAGCAGACCAGUACAAUUGACAUGAUCUGGAGCGUCCGGCAGAUUAUCAGCCACCUCUCACGGGGCAUAACUCUUCGGAAGGGAACCGUGAUCAUGACUGGCACACCAGCUGGCGUGGGAUUUUUCAACCGGGAAUUUCUCAAGGUUGGGGAUGUGGUGGAGGUGGAGAUCGAAGGCGUGGCGUCCGUCAAAAUGAAAUCCGGUAUACUUGAUAUCGCUGUGGAGACAACAUUGCAUACUAUCUACUAUCUGAUAUGGAGAGAACAAUAUUAUCCUAAAAAGUUAUGCGCCAGAUCUCGGCGGACGGAAGUUGCCACAAUCCGUAGUUCGCCCCUUCCCGUUACCAUAACGCAUCAUCAUCUUCCUAACAUCACAUCACUACCAGCAUCAUCAUUCACACAUCAACAGCUGGCUCAGACUCACGUACUUGUGUACUGA